AUGGAGGAGGCGGAGCCAAGCCGCUACGUCGCUCAACUGAAGGCUGAGUUCGACGGCUGCGACACGACGGCGACCGGCUUCCUGGACCGACAGGAAGUGACGUCGCUCUGCAGGAAGCUGCAGCUGGACGCUCACCUGCCGCUGCUGCUCAGCACGCUGCUGGGAGGGAGGGCCUACGCCAGGGUGAACUUUGAGGAGUUUAAAGACGGCUUCGUCUCCGUCCUGUCUCGCUCUCUGGACGUCUGCACCUCCGAGGACGACAGCAGCUACCUGGAGCCAGUCGUUCCUGAGGAGGUGAAGCCGAAGUUCGUGAAGGGAGCGAAGCGUUACGGCCGGCGCUCUUGUCCCGACAGUCAACCUGACGCCGCGCUCGCCUGGGACGCCAGGGACGAGUCGCCGCGGUCCAGGGACGAGUCGCCGCGGUCCAGGGACGAGUCGCCGCGAGACAAACUGAGACGAGCCACGUCUCUGGAGAGCGUUGAGAGCCUGAAGUCUGAUGAGGAUGCAGGAAGUCAGAACCCGGACCUUCAGUCUAAAGGUACCUUCUUAUUUACCGGCCCGGAGGGAAGAGUCAGUAACAGAGACUUCCAGAAGUUUCUUCGUGGCUCCGCCCCCGUCUCCUGCUCCACCCCUGUACGAGCCACUGACCUGCAGAGGGCGCCACACAGGGCGCUGGUAGAGGAGCGCUCGGCCCGCUGCUCCUCGCCCUCCCUGCUGACCGCCACCGUGGGUCAGCGUGUCCUCAGCCGGCUGGACGACGGCUCGGGAUGCACCAGCCCCGAGCGGGUCAUCGUCCUCUGGAGGGAGGAGGGCAUCAGGAACAGCCGGGACAUCCUGCAGACCCUGGACUUCCCUCUGGAGGAGCGUCUCAGUCUGGCCGACCUGACUCUGGCCCUGGACAACGAGCUGCUGGUCAGCGGGAACGCCAUCCAGCAGGCGGCGCUCAUCUCCUACAAGAACGAGAUCCAGCACCUGCAGGUGAUGGCGGAGCAGGCCUGCAGGGAGCGGGACAAGGUGCGGGUGGACCUGGAUCUGGCCGAUCAGAGGAACCUGAAGCUGGUGAGGGAAGUGGACGAGCGUCACAGCAGCAUGGAGACGCUGAACCAGAGCAGGAUCAGGGACCUGGAGCUGGACUUCCGUGAUAGGCUGGCGGUCCUGCGCUCGCAGUCGGAGCAGGAGAGCGAGGCGCUGCUGCAGCAGGCGGAGCGUGAGCGCAGCGUCCAGCAGGGGGAGCUGCAGCUGCUCAGAGUGCAGGAGACGCAGCUGCAGGAGGAGCUGUGCAGUGGCGCUCAGGAGAACAGUCGUCUGGAGGAUGAACUCAGUGUCGUGAAGAUGAAACUUACUGAAGCUGAAAACUCUGUGAACAAACUGCAGAGAGACAUGAAGCAGCUGCUGCACGACAAGUUUGGGGGCGUGGACCCGGCGGGCGCAGGUCUGAGUCACGAGGAGCGUUUCCGUGAAGUCGUCAAAGAGUACGAGCUGCAGUUCAGGGAGCUGCGUGACAGGAAUGAUGAGCUGAGCUCGGAGCUGCUGAAGAGUCAGAGGAGCAACAGGAAGUCCAGAAGAGACGAUGAUGCUGCGUUGAGUUGGACUGAACAACACUCUGUCAGCGCCGAGUCCGACUCUGACGACUCGGACAUGAAGCGUCACUCGUCUCCUCUGGUGAAGAAGAAAAUGCAGCUGGAUGAAAAGAGCGGACUGGACAGUGUCUCUGGUCCCGUCGUCAGUAUCCAGACUGAACUGGCUCUGGAGCAGCUGAAACAGAAACACAACCAGGAGCUGCAGCAGCUGCACAUCCAGCUCGACACACAGGUGAAUUACUACGAGCGAAGUCUGGAGCUGAUGAGACAGAGUAUGGAGGUCGAGCGUAAAGACAUCGCUCAGGCCUUCAAGCUGGAGAUCAGCGAGCUGGAGGAGCACAAGGCUCAGGCGGAGGCUCAGGUGAAGCAGCUGAAGGAGGCCGUGGAGAAACUGCAGACUCCACGAGGAGGAGGAGGAGGAGGAGGAGGAGGAGGAGGAGGAGGAGGAGGAGGGUGGAGCAGCGAGCAGGAGCGAAGAAUGCAGCGGGAGCGUGCGGAGCUGGAGCAGAACUUCGCCAGAGAGAUCGGUCACCUGGUCCAGAGGCUGAGUGCAGAGAAGGAUGAGCUGGAGGCGGAGCUGAAGCUGCACAUGGACCAGGAAGUGAUGGUGCUGAGGGAGGAGUCUGAGCAGCAGCUCUGUCAGAUGAAGCUGCAGCACGCCGAGGGGCAGCGCCGCCUCCUCCACACGCUCCACAGGGAGCGCCAGAGGCUGCAGGAGCAGAGAGCAUUCUGGGAGAAGCGGCUGGAGGAGGAGCAAGCCACGAUCUGUGGCCGGUUUUCCUCUGAGAAGAAAUCCAUGAAGGAGCAGCACGAGGAGGCGGUCCUUCAGCUGAGGCAGGAAGUGAUCUGUUUACAAGAAGCCGUUCAGAACGCAGACCUGCGGAUCGGCCAAUCAGAGGCCGGACUGACGGAGUUCAGAGAGCGCUGUGGUCAGUUAGAGGACGAUGUGGAUGCGUCUGGUGGGCGGUGCUCUGAGCUGGAGGCCCGGCUGGAGGAGGCCUGCGCUCAGCUGGAGGAGAGCAUCGCCUUUCUGGAGUCUCACGAGGUUGUAAGUAAACGUCUGGCGGCGGAGAAGUGCUCGUUGGAGGAGGAGCUUCAGCAGGCGAGGACCAGAGAGGAGCAGCUCCUGGGUCAGGUGACUCAGCUGAAAGAGGAGCUGGGAAACGUCCAGGCCGCGUCCGCCAGCGUCCUGCAGGAGCGGGAGCUGGUGGCAGACAACGUCCAGCUGCAGGCUCAGCUCCGAGCCCGAGACCAGACCAUCGCCACCGCAAGAUCUGAGCUGGAGAUCCUGCAGGACGCCAUGAGGACCAAAGCCGCUGAGCUGGACUUGCUAAAGACGGACCGCGCCCGGCUUAUCCAGGACCUGAAGGAGCAGGCGAUGGCGGUGGACAACCUGCAGCUGCAGCUGGACGGAGUCUCGGAGGAGCUGGACCAGAAGAGGAGCUUCGAGCAGCAGCUGCAGGAAGUUCUGGUGAAGGACCAGAGCAGAACCUCGCUGCUCCAGUCCAGGCUGGACGAGCAGAAGGAGGAGGUCUGUCGUCUGAGCCAGGAGAACAGCAGCUACACCCUGCUGGCUGACCAGCUCUCCACACAGAUCGUAGAGAUGGAAGAGGAGAUCUCCACCCUCAGAGACCAUCUCCGAGACCUCAGCUCCCAGCUCAACCAGACCGCAGACCUGGUCCUGGACCUGAGGAGGCAGCUCAACUCCAGAAGCAGUAAGGUGGAUCAGCUCCGGGCCGAGGUAGCAGGCAGCGCUGGUCAGAGCAGCAAAGUUCAGCUUGAGGCCAAAGACGGAGAGCUGGUCCAGGUCCAGCAGCUGGUCCAGGUCCAGCAGCUGGUCCAGGUCCAGCAGCUGGUCCAGGCCCUGCAGGACUCCCAGGAGCAGCUGAGGAGGUCAGAGGAGGAGUUUGAGGAGGAGAAGAGGAGGAUGAGGCAGCAGCUGAUGGAGCUGGAGCAGCUGGUCCUGGCUCUGGAGGAGGUGACGGAGAGUCCACUCAGGACUCAGCUGGAGGAGCUGGGAUCAGAGAACGUGGCUCUGCAGGAGCGACUGAAGGUCCUGCAGCAGGAGGUCCAGAACCUGGAGGACCAGGUCUCCCAGAAGAGGAGGAAAGUGGAGGAGAUGGAAGGAGAACACGAGAGGAGCAGAGAGGAAGAGGAGCGGCUGCACAGAGAGAACGCUCAGUAUAGAGAGGAGGUUCUGGACCUGAGCAGCAGGAACCUGCAGCUGAGCAGCGACAACGCUGAGCUGAGCGCCCGUCUCCAUGGAGACCAGGAGUCGGCCCGGAUGCUGGGGGAGCGCCUAGCAACCGUCUCCAAGGAGCAGGAGGAGGAGCGAGCUACGGUGCGGCGGCUGCAGGAAGCAGCGACGCAGCAGCAGACGUCCUGGACGCAGGAGCGACACCUGCUGGAGAAAGAGCUGAACUCCGGGAGGGACAAGCUGGGCCGUCUGUCGGAGCUGGAGGCGGAGCUUAGCGCUGUGACCCUGAAGCUGCAGUGGCUGGAGGAGGACAAGGCCGAACGGAUGAGGGACGCAGACGCCCGCAGCCACAAGGUGGAGACGCUGCAGCAGUCGCUCCUCGCUCUGGAGUCGGAGGCGGAGCUGCUUCGCUCCCAGCUCCACGCCGUCAGCCGAGAGAAACUUGGCCACGCCCAGGAAGUAACUGACCUGCAGAGGGCGCUGCACGACGCUCGCAACAAGGUGGAGGACUUGGAGACGAGCAUCAGGAAGUUGAUGAUGGAGAAGGAGGAGCAAGCGUCCAUCGCUCUGCAGGAGGAGGAGCACAGACAGAGCGCCCAGGAGCAGGAGCUCCAACACAAGCUGACGGAGCUGCGGCUCCAGAGUGAGGACGUUCACAAGCUGAGGCAGGAGCAGCAGGAGCUGAAGAACAAAGUGAGCGAGCUGGAGAAGGCCAGGACGCAGGCGGAGAACCAGGCUCAGCAGCAGGAGGAGCGGAGGAGGAGUCAGCAGCUGCAGGAGGUGCAGGAGCGAGCGAGCGGCGGCCGCAUGGAGCAGGUGGAGCAGCUGCAGCUGCGACUGCUGGAGGAGCGGAGGAGGAGUCAGCAGCUGGAGGAGACGCUGACGCUCCAGGCUCAGCAGAGCAGCUCUCAGAUCAGCGUCAAGCAGGAGCAGUUCGAGAAGGCAGUGGCGUCGCUGCAGCAGAGGACUGAAGAUCUGGAGCUGAAGCUGAAGGCCGUCCGCUCGGUUCUGCAGGAGAAGGUCCAGGAGGUCAAAGAGCAGAUGGCGAAGAACGCCAAGUCCAGCGUGCUGCUGAAGGACGUGUACGUGGAGAACUCUCAGCUGAUGAAGGUGCUGCAGGUCACCGAGCAGCGGCAGAAGAACGCAGAGAAGAACAACUUCCUGUUGAAGGAGAAGGUCGGGGCGCUCAACCGGCUGCUGAGAGAGAUCGUCCCCGUGUCGCUCGCCACGUAGCUCCGCCCCCGCAGGCUCAGUGACCAAUCAGCAGCCGGUCUGAGAUCAGUUUCACUAAAGCAGCCAGGGGCCGUUAGCCUAGCUUAGCACAAAUACUGGAGGCAGUUGGAAACUGUUAGCACCGAGUCAGGAAGUAAUGGAAAAGCUCUUAAAUCUGUAACCGAUGACUCAGCAGAAGCACGUGACUCAGCAAUCUGACAAAUCAAAUCUUUACCACCAGAGAAAUGUCAAAUAAAUUCCAUUUCACUGUUUGUAUUUUCUUAAGCUUUUCUUUGAAAAUUCCGUUUUUAUUUAUUUUCUCAAAUUAAUUUUCUUAGAUCCCGACUUUUCGUGUGAAGUUGACUUUUAGAAUAGAUUAGAAAUUCAUGUGAGAUGUCGACCAAAUAAGGAAACACGUGACGUCAGCGUUUUCUCAAAACUGUCGUGUUGAACUUUAACGUUUCCUCGUUCAAACCAGAGUAUUUUUAUAAAGUCAGUUUGUGACGUGUGAUCAUGUGACUCACACACUUCCUGUUUGCCUCACGUGACGCUG